AAAUCUUCCAGCUUUGAACAUGGCCUAUAAUUUCGCAAUAGCCUCAAGACUGUCAUGUAGAGCAACCGUUCGAUCCUCGCUCAAAAUCAGAUGCAGCGUAUGCCCAGGCCACACUCUGUCAUGCUGGUUUAGCCUUGCAGCAGCUGAUCUUGCGACCCAAUUCGUUGGGUUGCUUCUUGAGAGGCCCUUUCUAUGCUACCUUGGCGAUGCGUCGCAAGCUGAGAAUUGAAUGCAGCUGCUGUUGGGAAGUGCAACUGUCGGGCUAUAAGAACUUUACUGUGCCAUUUCCUAAGGUCGGCAGAAAGCUAUGAUGCUUCAUUUGCUACUCAUCGGGCUGCAGCUCUCAAUCACAGUUGCAUCUCGACCAUUGAAAGUCAAGAACUUCACUGCAGCAGAUAAUGCUAUGCCGUUGAAGAAGCUGGAACCGCAAAGAGUCUACAACAACGAAGGCGCAUACUAUACGUCUGAAACGUUUCAUACAUGGCUUUGGUGCGACUACAUUGGCAUUAUGCCCGGUCUGCCAGUCAUCUGGUCUUCAAAUGGCCGAUUCCUACUCUGUUAUCCAGAAGAUUACUCUGUCAACGUCUUCCUGCCUGGUCGGCGUCGUUUUUUCUUUGCAAAUUUGACAUCCGAACUGGAAGGCCAGCACGUUGGUCUCUACUGGCUCUGUCAUUGCGACUCAAUGAUUAUCAAUCCUCAACAGGCAAUUUGCCGAGUAGGGAAGCUUGCCAAUAUUGCGUGUCCCGGUCUGAGUUUGAGAAACUAUCGAUUGUUGGCCUAAGGCCGAAUGAAUGUUUGCAGGUGUGGAAACAGCAAAGCUGGACUGGUGGAGAACAUCAUCGAUGAACAGAGCAAGUUGCGGUUCCUCAAAGCAUCCAUAACGACACUGCAUGUAUCCUCUCCCCUUAGAUUUGCAAGCUCGCGAGCUCAAUAUUGAUAUCGCCGGGUUCUUAUCCAGGGCUUUAAUUUUACUAAAUUACCCCUGACUUGUUCGAAACCUUGAUGUAGACCCUGAGCUGCCAGACUCCGGCUAUCUAGCUUGUGCGAAGAAGCC